GGACACACGCUCCUCAUGUCCCCCCCUCAUGUUAUUUUCAUGCCGGUAGACCCUCUCCUCCGGUCGGCCCUUGCAGCUCAGGGCUCCCGCUUCAUUUAACGACAUCCAUGGCCGCAGACCCUCCGGUGUCCGCUCCUCUGUAACGGGCUGCAGCCGGUGAAGCAUCGCGGACUCGAACCUGGAACUCCCCGCCUUCUUUACCUCGCCUCUCCUUCCCUUUACGCGCGCCAUGUCUUUUGGCACGAACACAAAAACUGGAUUCUCCGUGCGGGACAUCCUGGAUCUCCCGGACCCGACCGGAAGGUCCAGCGGCGGCUCCGGUACCGAGGAGACGGAGGAGGACGACACCGAGGUCUCAGGCUCAGAGAACCCGCAGAAACUGGGAUUUAACGCGCGGAGUUUGUUCGAGCGCAGCGGCGGAGGCGCAGGGAUCCUGGGCCGGUGGAGCCGCGGGUCCGGGAACCUGCACUUCUCACUACACGGUCUCUCACUAAAGCCUCGAACGGAGCCGAAAUCCCCGGAGCUCUUUGCGGACGAGUCCCCGGACGCGGAGCGGGACUCGGCGGGCUCAGAGGCGCAGAAGAGCCGCGGUCGGAAGCGGCGCGUCCUCUUCUCCAAGGCGCAGACCUUCGAGCUGGAGCGUCGCUUCCGACAGCAGCGCUACCUGUCCGCCCCGGAGAGGGAGCACCUGGCCGGGAUGAUCCGCCUCACCCCGAACCAGGUGAAGAUCUGGUUCCAGAACCACCGAUACAAGAUGAAGCGAGCCCGGACCGAGCGCAGCCUGGAGGCGCUGCAGCUGCUGCCGGCUCGCAGGGUCGCCAUCCCGGUGCUGGUGCAGGACGGGAAGCCCUGCGACCGGAUCAGUGCUCAGGACCUGGAGGGUCCUCUCAGGUCCGGCCUGACCCUGCCUCUGUGUGCCUACUCCCCGCUGCUGCACCCAUACGGCCCCGAGCACCCCGGCCUGCCGCAGCAGCACCCAGGGGUGCAGCAGCUGGCGCACAUGUACCACUGGAGCUGGUGAGGACUGUUUCUGAGGCCGACGAUUCAAAAUGAGGAACAGCGAGAAAAUUCCCAGAGUGAGAAAUGUCAAACUUGUAUUUAAAUGGAUGGAGUCUGGUCAAAUGUGUAUUUUCCAUAAAGUCUGGUGUCUUUGAGGAAAAUGGAAUGUAAAGUUAAAGCACACUUAAAAAAAGAAGACUUCUUUCUGGUGGUUUCUGAUUUAGAUUGUCUUUCUCUAAAAAUGAUAUUGUUUCUGUCUCACUGAAAACCUGUUGAUUCUUCACUUGUUCUGCUUCUUUCAUCCAGAUGUGCAACACAUCUCAGACUGCACUGCUUCCUGUUGAAUCUGCUCCGAGAGCUGAGGCAGAUGAACUGAAAGUUCUGUUUUAGUUGUGACUCCUGUUCGUUGUUGUUCUCGUGUUUUGCAGCAGAAGAGUCACUUUCUUCUCCAGAUGUUUCCCUGUGUUUUAUAAAAUCUAUUUAUAAUGUUGACGUGAGGUGUUUUGUAAUAAACUGGAUAUUUAUGAUUGUGAAUAAAAGCUGGAGCAGGUGUGAUCUCAU